AUCGUGGCUUCUUCCGUCGUCGGAGCUAUUCUUCGCUGCCGCUUCCCUCCCCGCCGUCGCCUUGCGGCGAGGUCGGCGCGGCCAGCUCCUUGGCGCCAAAGAUUGGGCCGCUGGGGCUCUCCCCCAAGAAGGGAGUGGAAGGGGCUCCGCGUGACCGUCAAGCUCACGGUGCAGAACCGGCAAGCCAAGGUCACCGUCGUGCCCUCCGCCGCCGCCCUCGUCAUCAAGGCCCUCAAGGAACCCCAGCGCGACCGCAAGAAGACCAAGAACAUCAAGCGCGAUGGCAGCAUUUCCCUCGACGACGUCAUUGAGAUCGCCCGGGUCAUGCGGCCCAGAGUGCAGGUUCUUAUGUUCAGUUUAUGGCCGACAGAUCGAGGUGGUCAAAGCUUAGUGGAAAGCCUCAACUCAUCAUAUGUGGAUGAGUUGACUUUCAAAGGCCAAUCAUCAUGAAGCUUUCGAUCAAUAUGAGUUGACUUCCAAUCGAGACACAUUCAAGCUCCUACGGGGUCAAAGUUUCUGGUGUAAGAUUAUGGUUGACUUUUUUUUUCCCAAGGAGUGAUCAGAGUUCGAAAACACUCUCUCUACUUGAAAUGUAAGAUUAUGGUUUCAAUUG